UGUCCGGACAAAUGUGCAAAAAUAACCGUGCAUGAAAUCAGUACUGUGGGAAGAAAAAAGAUGUUUUACUGGAUGGAGAGGAGCAGCGGCGGCUCGGAGAUGCUCGACGGUCUUAAUAACAUGUCCAAAGCGGAGAUACUGAGAGGAAUCGUCACCGAGAAACUGACGACAGCCGCGCAGGAAAUCUUAGCGGUGGUAGAGAGAACCGUAGCCGGGUACGAGGAGGAGGCUUCGGGCUUCCGACGGGAGAUCGACCGGCAGAGGAGGCAGCUGGAGCUUCUCCUGCAGCCUCGGGUCAAACUGGAGAGAAGAGCCCUGGAUCCAGAUCUGGAAGGCCAUGAGCUGGUUGUUGUGAGUGAGGAAGAAGACGAAGAAGAGCAGCAGCACACACAGCAGUCAGGUGUGGACGACACUGGAAGUCUGGGCCUCCUGUGGUACGAUGAUGAAGAGGGUGAUGGUGGGGACGAAGAGCAGCAGCUGUCGGUGCAAACGGCAACAAGCUCCAGACAGAGACGAGAAGAUCUGAAGGACCCAGAUUAUCAAAUAAAAUCAAGAGGUCAGUCUGACAGAAGGAGGACCAGCAGACCUCAGAUCAGUGACCUGCAGAGCCAUCUAGAUCUCAGGAUCUGCAUCCUGGAGGACUCUCAGACCGAUGUGCUCUCAAAAAGGGUGUUUCAGAAAUGUCCGGUGCAGGAGGUGAGGUGUCCUCGUGGGCUGCAGGAGGAGGACUUCCUGGACCUGCUGAGGUCCACUUUCCCUCAGCUGGCUGCUCAGAAACCUUUUGACGUCUUCACAUCCGACAGAAGGAAGAGACUCCAGCCUCUGAGAGUGAAGACGCUGACACCAGAGGAGAUCCACAGGAGCAUCAGGCAGACCGGAGCAGGAACCUCAGCCCUCUACAUCCGCCUGAAGACCGGAGAGGAUCCUCAGAGCAGCAGCGAAGACCUCCAUCCUCCACAGACACGAGCUGGUUCUCCGUCCAGCUUUGCCGCGACGUCAGCUGAUAGAACCCAAAUGUACACCAGGUUAUCGUCUCCCAGAGAUUCGUCUGGCAGGAGGAGGCGCGGCAGACCUCGCCUCGGUGAGGAACCGACGCACCGCUUCCUCAAAGUCUGCAUGCUGGAAGAUUCCCAGUCAGACGUCCUGUCUAAGAAUGUGUUACUGAAAUCCUCAAUACAGGAUCUGAGGUGUCCUCGUGGCCUACAGGAGGCAGACUUCCUGGGUCUGCUGAGGUCCACCUUCCCUCAGCUGGCAGAAGACAACAAACCUUUCGACAUCUUCAGGUCCGACAGGAGCAGGCGGCUGCAGAGGCUCAAACUGAAGACACUGACACCGGAGGAGAUCUACAGGACCAUGAAGUCCACCGGGCUCAGAGGGACGUGCCUCUACAUCCGACUCAAAACAGGAGAGAAGGAGGAAGAGGAGGAGCAGCUUCACCUUUUACCGAGGAACGACGAGGCAGCCACCGAUUCUCCGUCUGCCGCCGCCGUGACGACAAGAGACGACGGAGCCGGACUCGGUUCAAGCAGCCCUGUUCAACACGUCCUGUCCAGAAGCUCAACAUCACAUCAACAGGACAUGGAAACGGAGGAAGCUGCUGAGACCCAAGCGGACUCCAGCGACGACAAAGACGGAGACGACGACUGGAAACCGGAUCCUGAGCUCCAGUCAUCAAAGCCGAGGAGGAGUCGAGGAGCCAACGCACCUGGUGUGGAGGGGAAGUUGCCCGAGAGCAGCAAAACGCCGUGCAAAGUUUGUGGAGUUUGGUACAAGAUGCUGGGCAGUUUGAUCAAACAUGCCUGGAGUCACGUGGAGGAACCGCAGAGUGUGUGUGGAGUGUGCGGAGAGCAUUUUGAAUCUGUGGAAGAGUUAAAGGAACAUCUUAGAAAUCAUCAAAAAACUCACGACUGUUCAUACUGCGAGAAGUCUUUCCUCACCAUCGCUGGCCUCAACUACCACACCACUCUACACACAGGAAACAGGCCGUUCACAUGUGACGUCUGCAACAAAACCUUUGCUCACACCUCCAGCUUGAGCGUCCACCGCUGGGUCCACGUGGCGGAUAAACCACACAAGUGCGACACGUGCCCGAAGGCGUUUGGUCUGAAGGCGCAGCUCAGAGCUCACAGGAAGGUGCACACAGGUAGAGACAAGUACCACUGCAACGUUUGUGGAAAAUCUCUGUACGACAUGCGAUCUUUAACCCGCCACAAGGCCACGCACUCAGGCGAGAGGCGUUACGGCUGUGAGGUCUGCGGGAAGCGUUUCAAACUUUCCAGCACGCUGAAGGCGCAUGAGAAGACCCACACAGCCAGAGACCGGCCGUACCUCUGCCACAUCUGCUGCAAGACGUUCCUCUCCAACUGCGGCUUGACCACUCACAUGAGAACGCACAGCAACGAGAGGCCGUUCAUCUGCAUCACGUGUGGCAAAGGCUUCAUAUCCAACGGCGAGCUGAAGAAUCACAUGCGCGUGCACACCGGCGAGGCGCCGUACGGCUGCUCCGAGUGCGGCCGCUUUUUCAAACGCAAGACUCACCUGAACAACCACGUGAGGAGCCACCUGGGCAUCAAACGGUUCGUCUGUGGGGUUUGCGGGAAAGCGUGCUCUCGCCAAGAACACCUGACGGUCCACAUGAGGACCCACAACGGAGAGCGGCCGUACCAGUGCAGCGUCUGCGACAAAGCCUUCACUCAGAGCCACUGUCUAAAGACACACAUGAAGAGCCACCAGGGGGCAGAAGACCCGUUCCUGAAUGCAUCCUCGUCCUGAAAGAGGCCUCAUCAGCCCGUUUGGUCGCAGUGACGCCAUGAACCAAAGUCAGAAAACAAUAUUCAACCGUACUUUUUGAAAGAAAACAAAACGAAGUGCUUAAACAAUGAACUGAUUAGACAGAAAAUGAAUCAUUUAAAAAAACGUUUACUUUGGCGUCAGUAUUGAAAGUUAAGAAUCGGAUCGGGACGAGAACUGACACACGCCAGAUAAACGACUGCGGCUGCACCGAGUAGUUCGAAGCUUCGUUCAGAACUCUAAAUGAACAUUUGUGUGUAUUUAUCCCGUUCAAACCGCCUGGUCAUAUUCCCAGAUCACCAGAGAGCAACAUUUUGUCUCAACAUGAACCACCCCACCACCAAUUAAAACAGCCAGAAAAAAAAACAGUUACUUACGAAGGCCAGUCGCCCGCUGGAGAAGCACAACUAUCGAGGAAAAGUGACCAAAGCAGCUAAAUCUGAGCACGUCACCAACAUCAGGCAGGCAAUGGCUAACGAGGGGCUAGAAGCUGCAUGGAGGGCGGAGCCGUGGCUGGGGAACCUGCGUUGCAGAGAGGUUUUCUGGCAGGAAGGUUUUGCACGUGUGGAGGAGUGUGAGGAAGCAGCAUCAGUGUUUCAUAACCUGGGAAGACGGCGCGUUUGUUUAAACCCCGUAUUUAAAGAAUAAGAGACACUAAUAUUAUUUGGAUUAUAUUAUUUCCAGUUGUGGCUGCGCAGGAUUGUUUCCAACUCACACAAGUCCAGAGCCUCCAAAACCAAAACCAUCCAGACCCCCAGAGCAGUACUAACAGUCCUGAACUGUGUUCCUGUUAGGAGACAAACAUUGUCCAACAGCUUUUACUCUUUGCAUUACAGCUGUAAAUGACUGGGUUUAUUUACUUUAUUGAUCCCAAGACUGGGACAUUAUUCUCUGCUUUCCCCAUCACUGGGGAAACACACACAGGAUCUGGACUCAACUGCAAUCAAGCGCCCAGGGAGCAUA